GCGUAUCUUGCAGUCAGCUCUCGAUAACUCGAAGUCCCAAGGAACCGGCUUUUUUCAGGAAUAGUGCAUAAUGGAUGAAGAAUGUUUGUUAUUUGAAAUUCCCUUGAUUGUGUAUAGUAAUUUGUAACUGAGUUCCACGAUGGAGAACAUCCAAGUUGGAGAAUUUCAGAAGUUCCCAAGUAUUAUUGAUUUGUUCAAGAAAAAGAAAUUUGUAACUAUGUGUGCUCCUAUGGUGCGAUAUUCCAAGUUGCCAUUUAGACUGCUUGUCAGAAAAUAUGCAUGUGAUGUUGCAUUUACACCCAUGAUCAUCAGCCAUUCUUUCAUUGAAUCUGUUAAAGCUCGUGACACAGACUUCACAACUAAUUGUGAAGAUAGGCCAUUGAUUGUUCAAUUUGCUGCAAGAAAUGGUCAAGAGCUUGCUGAAGCAGCUGAAAUUGCUUAUAGUUCCUCUGAUGGUGUGGAUUUAAACUGUGGCUGUCCGCAACGCUGGGCUCUUGCUGAUGGUUAUGGGGCAUGCUUAUUGGAUAAGCCUGAUCUUGUGCAUGAUAUGAUUUAUCAAGUUAGGAAUCGAUUACCUGAUUCAAAAUAUUCCAUCUCCUUAAAGAUUCGUAUUCAUGAUGACAUAAGAAAAACAGUGGAGGUUUGCCGAAGAGCAGAAAAGGCUGGUGCUACUUUUAUUAGUAUUCAUGGUCGCACAAAGCUGCAAAGAAAUGAGCCUAUUAACUUAGAUGGAAUCAAGCUGAUAAAAAGCUGCAUGAAGAUACCUAUUGUUGGUAAUGGAGAUGUCUUCCAUUUGAAAGAUGCAAUGAAUUUCCAAAAUGCUACAAAUGUUGAUGGUGUGAUGUCAGCACGAGGUUUACUUCAAAAUCCGUCACUCUUUACUGGAACAGAUGUUACACCUAUUGAAUGUAUUAAACAUUGGAUUUACCUGUCUUUAUCUUAUGGUGUUGCUUUUACUAAUAUGCAUCAUCAUUUAAUGUUUAUGCUUGAGAAAAAUUUGCCGAAAUCCGAAAGAAAAUAUUUUAAUUCAUUCAAUUCUUUAUCUGCUGUUUUGGAUUAUCUUGAUAAUUAUAUUUGAUGUUUUGAAAAAAAAAAAAGGUUUUGAGCUUGAAUCUAUACUAAUAUUAUAAAGAGAGAGAGCAGAUUUUGCAUGUUUAUAUAUUCGGGGUAAUCUGAAGAGCCACAGCACCAAUUUGAAAAAUUCUUUCUCAAUAUGAAAAGUAAAUUCAUACAGAGAAACACAGGCUAUAAAUCUAUACUAAUAAUAUAAAGCUGAAGAGUUUGUUUGAUAGCGCUAAUUUCAGGAACUACUGGUUCUAAUUGAAAAAUUCCUUUUGUGUUGAAUAGUCCAUUUAUUGAUAAAAGUGACCGAAAUAUUUGUAAUUGCAAAUUAUAUGUUUAAUUAAGUGUUUAGUUCUAUGAAUUCGUAAUAGAUGGCGGGGUAAAUAUUCCUAUUAGAUGGUAGGGUAAGUUAACUCAUUGAGGGGGCUCUGGCCGACAGUAUGGAUAGCUGCGAGGAACCAUGCCACCCGACUCGGACACAUGGUCGGCUAUGCUGUUGUGGUCUGCGAGCUGUGUUUUGAAUGCAUUUUUACUUCCUUUUACAAAAAAGGAAGUGUAUUCACGAAAAAAUUUUCACUCAAAAAACCGACCUAGAUUUCCAUUUUACUCAACCCCGAAUGAAUGUUGAGUUUUUUUUUCGACUCGACCACACGUGGAUAAGUGCCUAAGAAUGUAUAGACACGCGAAAUAUCCAUUUUGACGAUUCCCGAGUUAGUUAAGAGUUUUCUCGUGACGUAUGUAUGUCGCAUAACUCAAAAACGGUACGUCCUAAAAAGUUGAAAUUUGGUACCUAGACUCCUAGUGAGGUCUAGUUGUGCACCUCCCCUUUUAUUUGCAUUCAUGUAUUUCUAAAGGGGUCUUUGCCCCUUUUUUGGGGGAAAUCAUUGUUAAUUUCGAUGGAUACUCAAGUGGUGUUAUAACUUGGCAGACACUUGGGGAUAUAUCGCCAGUCUUUUGGUCGCCAACUUGGCGAUAAAUUUGGCGAUUUUUUGUUUUUAAAUUUGGUUUCAAUUUCGCCACUUGUGGUGAUAUUUAGAGAGUGAACUAUUGAAUCACAUUAAAAUUGCCAAUAAUGGGAAAAUGACAUUAAAUUGGAGUAAAAGGAAGUCAUGUGAUGCACACAUCAGCUCAUUUUUCGAUAUUCGGGUACAUAAUUUGAUUUUGUAGGAUUUUUCUAUUGGGUUUUGCUUUCUGAAUUUCUUCAAUGUUUGUUUUUGUUCUUAUAGUUGAAGAUACACUCGGGAACACUGAAAAUAGUACCCCAAAAAAGAAGAAAGUUACAAUCGCGAAAUUUUGCAUAUAAGAAGAGUGACAUCUGAUAUGCAAAUGAUCCAAGUUUGGUGUCAAUAUGCAUAACCCUUUACCCACGUAUCAGUGCAAUCGGGAGAAAGGUGGCAUAUAAACCAGUGCUUAACUUAAGAUUCAUAAAUGUUAAGAUUACAUCUCGAUUGUUGGAGAACCUUAAUGACUGAAGGAUGCCAGGUAGGCGAGUUAGAAAACCUUUCUCACACUUAAGUGAGUUUGAGAGAGGUUUGUCAUCAGCAUGAAAAUUGCAGGCUGGUCGAGGAGCUGUGUUGCUGCCCAGGUAGAUCAUUCGGAGUGUUCCGUUAGAAAGUGUUGGAGCCAGGGGAAACGAAAUGGUACUUAGGUGAGAAAAACCGGGUCUUUAGUGACCAGGAAGACAAGAAGAGAGGAUCGAAGGAUCGUCCGGCAAGCGCUCGUGGAUCCCACAGUGACUCAUUGCGCCGUACUUGCAGACGUAGGGGUAGCAGUUGUUCCCCAAACCAUUUCUAGACGUCUAGCGGGAGUGAAUCUGCAGUCCGGGUGUUUUUUUCAUGUACUCCCUUUAAAACCAAAGCAUAGGCAACUCGGUCUACAUUAAUGCAAAGCCAGAGCAAUGUAGGAUGUCACUGACUGGCAAAAGGUGAUGUUCAGUGAUGAAUCCCGGUUCGUUUUGGGGUCGGAUGAUAACCGAGCACGGGUGUGGAGGUGCCCUAGAAAAAGGUACCAUUCCAUCCACUCUGUCGCAAGACACACUGCCUGCAUCAUGGGUAUAAUGGUCUCUGGGGCCAUAGCCUAUGAUAGCCUUUAACGAGUCAGUGUUAUGUUAAUGAAAUUCUGGGACUACAUGUAGGGCUGUUUCUAAAUGGUCUCCCAGGUGCAAUUUUCCAGCAAGAUAAUGCUCGGCCGCAUGCAGCUAGAGUCGCACAAGUCUUCCUUAAGUUCUUUCGAGACUCUUCCAUGGCCAGCCUGCUCCCCUGUCUUGUCCCCUACAGAGCAUGUAUGGGAUCAGCUGAAACGCCAGAUGCUGCCGUGCUACUCUGUGUAAGAUUUAGAAGUGGCUGUUCAAAAUUUGUGGGUCUAUCUGCCUCAGGACAACAUCAGACGUUUAAUUAGCUCAAUGCCAGACCGUGUUGCGGCUUGUAUUGCUGCAAAAGGGGGUCCGACGCACUAUUGAAGUAUCCCUGUAUUUAUCUCAUUUCUUAGCCUGUAUCUUUAACUGUCUUGAUUUUAGGAAUCAAGUUUAUCUCUCACCUAUAUUAUUCUGUAUAUUAAAUUUCACUUCAAUCCAAAGUUUUCUUUUUGGGGCGCUAUUUUCAAUGUUCCUGAUUGUAGUUACUUCUCUAAGUAAAUAAUUUGAUUUGUCGUAUUGUUCAAUUGUGAUUGAUCUUUAUAAUGUUUUUUAUAGUAUUUGUUUAUUGGCAAAACAUUUUAAAUUACAUAAAAAAAACCACUUCACUCACUAAAGGGCAGGGUUACGUUAGCGUGGUUGCUUGGUGCGUCAAGCUAUGAAUUAAUACAGUUGAAGGAUUAUUUUGACUUUUAAAGCUACUGUUAAUCUUAUGUGUUUUGGCAAAUAGUUUUUAUUUCCAAAGAGACUUUAAUAGGUUUUUUGAAGAAAAAUGAUCAUUUCUCACAUCAGAAGAGGGGGGACGUGGAUUUUUUUGAAUUCAACAGACUUCUUUUAAAUUCUUAGCACGAGCAUCUUUGUGCGGUUACUGCUAGUUAUGCAUAUUUGUAUGUAUACAAUUUUUUUAAUUAAUAAAAUUUGUCUUGACUACCA